ACAUCUUAAAGCUGCCAAGGUUGAGAAACAGUGGAUUAGAUACAUAGAAUACAUCCGUCCAUGUAUUGGAGAUAGAAGAGUUUCUCUUUGGUAAGAACUCUUCCCUCAUCCCACCUUCUGCUCCUUGGAUCAUCAUGGUAUCUCUCCUGGUCCUUCCUUGGACUGCUAGGCCUUACGCCAAUUUCUCCAUCCCUAUCUGUUGAACAGGGUGACCAUUUUACAGCGGUGAGGACACUUGGCCAGCAUUAGAUGGCUUUCAGAAGAAUGGUCGUGGUGAAGCUAGUUGGUAUGUGGAAGACGUGUUCAGUGGAGUUGAAUUCCAGAGUUAAGGCACAAGGAUGCCCACAGCCCGUGCUGUUAUUUUAGGAACUAUGGCAAAAAAGGACCUCCAACCCCACUCAUCAGAUCCCUGCCCUGUGUUAAUGAAUGACAGAAAGUAGAGAUGGAAGUGUUCAUUUAAACCCCCUCCCUUGGUGCUCCUGCUACUCAAACAGUCCCUGCUAGCAUCUUGGUAGGUUCUUGAGAAGUUCCAGAAGCCAUCAUGAAAUUCCUCAUUCUGAUGGUCACCAUCUUCACAGGAUCCCAAGCGUAUGUUCUCCGGGAUGAGCAGUACCCUUACCUAGCCCAGUUAAACCAGAAGAUCGUGGACUACUUCAACAAUAUCACCAUGAUCGUGAAUGAAAAAAUUGACCACAUCCGAAGGCUGGACUUUAGCCAGUCCCUGCUAGACCAGCUUCACAACGCCUACUUAAAAGUAAGCCAGCACUUGAAUUACCUGCAGUCUAAAUUGCCUCCCGAGGUUACAAAAACAUAUGAUCUGGCAGUCGAGGUGUCUAUGGGCUUGGUGGAGAAAGGUAUUAAUAUCUUAAACAGCUUGAAGAGACAAAUGAUGCCAGUCACAGACAAGGUGGCUGAAUCUCUGUACGCCAUUCUGGCUCCCUUUGCAGACUCGGUCCUGGGAAAGGUGGGUCCCUGCACAGAGGCCCUGCAUCGUGUCCUUGCCAUGGGAGCUAAAGGACUGAACCCCAGGGUGACUGAGAAGCUAAAGAAGCAACUGGAAAAGGUGGCCAAAGAGUUGGCUCCGUUAGUCCAAACCCUCCAGGAUCAACUGGAAGAAUUCCAGACUUCCUUAGAACCUUGUACUGGCAAUAUCCAGGAGAUGCUUAAGGAAAGCAUAGAGAGGGCCAACCAGCAGUUGCCGCCAUACGUUUCUCUAAUUCUUUACGGCCUUGAAAACUACGCCAAAAUAUUUAACAGGUGGCUUGACUCCUCAAAUCUGCAAGCAAAGGAGAGUAUAAACUGGGCUGAACCCUUCCAAGAGAUCGAUGAAUAGUAAACCAUGUGCAUAUGACCGUUUCAAUCAGGGCUGUUUGUAAUUCCCCACUUCUUCCGGUCAUACAAUAAAGGAAUUCUUU